UAACAGUUUGUUGUUACCAGGAAGCAGAUGACGCCAUAGAGAAAGCUUAACCGAAACUCGGCUCGUUUUUAUAUGAGAAAUGGAGCCUUAGCUGGCAACAUUAGUUCGCAACUGUGUCGGCCUGAUAUUUUAAAGCCGUCGGUCUCAGCAUAGAAGCGCUAGUAGGGACAGCGAACUUACUUGUAAAGCAGUGCGUCGACUACUGUUAGCUGCGGCAGCUGUCGGUAGUUAGAUACCGCACAGCGUCGUUAAGUGUACCAUUAGCAUUUUUCAUAAAUACAAAGGGUUGGGCGUUUGGGUGUGAUGAGUUAGCUCCCUUAAAAACGUUGCUUUAAAAUGGCAAAUACUGUCCUUGAAGUCGGUACUGGCGUUUUCGUUAUUGUGGCGGUCUGGAUUGUGGCUCUUGUGUUUGGGAUUUUGCUGCUGAGAGCGUCAGGGUCCGCUACGUUAGGAGUUCUUCCUGUUUUCUUCUUGGCUCUGACAAUCACUUUGGUGCUGGUGUUUUUCCCCCGCAGCCCAGAGACACCUCUGCCUUUCAAAGAUAUAGAGAUAGUGGACACCUUGUUCAUCGGCCGCUAUGUGCUUCUGGCUGUGGUGAGCACCAUCUUUCUGGUGGCAUUCUUUGUGCUGCUUCCCUUUCAUUUCCUGGAACCAGUGUAUGCCAAGCCCUUAAAAACACACUAGAGUUGGCGCCUGAAUCACAGGCUGAUUUACGCAGUCUGACAAGUCCUGAAGCCCCCAGCCUGCCUUCACAAUAGAUUGCAGAACACAUGUGAAUGGAAGAUCCAGUUUUGUCUUAGCACUGCUGUUUGUGUCUUCAUGAUUUUGUAUACAACAAUAUAAAUUGAUACAUUUGGGUCGAGUUUUCAUAUUUUGUAUCACUUAGCACAAGUAAUGACCACAUCCUAUAAAUUUUGAUGCAUGUAUGGCACAAGCCAGUAGUUCUUUGUCAUUCAACUUUUUCAUCCAACAAUAAAUAAAUAAUUAAGUAUGUGA